UUGAAUGUGGGAACUACAAAGUACUUAAGUUACUUAUUAAAGCUGGUCACGACGUCAACUCUGCAAAUGAGGACGGUCGCACUCCUUUGAUGACGAGUUUGAUCCAAAUCUGUUUAGAUGGUAAAAAAGAAUUGAAGAAAGAAGAUCUUAAAAUCCCUAAGAUCUUAUUAAAGUCUGGAGCAAAAGUCAAGAUUGUGGACAAGAAAGGCAUGACCAGAGCUUCGUCGAUCAAUAAGCUGGACAGUUUUAAUGCUAGUCCGUUACAUUAUGUGACGAGAUCGAUGAAACUACACUUUGUGAAAAAUACGUUAAGUAAAAAGUCGUCUGGCAAACCCAAGUUGUUUGAGCCUACGGCGGAAAAUCAGAUGGAAUGCAUGAGACUACUCGUCGCACGUGGAGCAGAUGUGAAUCACAAAAACAAGUGUGGCAUAAAUGUAUUCCACGAUGUUUUUGAAAAUUCCAAAUUAUGGGAAUUCAUACAAUAUUUGCUGGAUCAAGGAUGUGUGGUUGAUUAUCGAGACAAAAGAUUAAUAAGAUUAAUGAAAUUGGGACACGGUAUGCCGAAUAUGGAUAUGUUGCUAAGACAUACUGCCGUGUGUGAAAGUGCACCGAAUGUGUCUAAUAGAAAUCGAGUGUAUGAAGAAAUUUUUUAA